AUGGGCAAGUCCUUUAAGGAAUCUCUCAAGGCUCUAGAAGCUGAUAUUCAGCUUGCCAACACACUGGCAUUGAGUUAUCCCCGGGAACGAGAUGGAGCUGUUCUUCAAAUGAGGAUGUCUUAUGCUCCAGCUGCACAUUUGUUUAUGUUUCUCGUUCAAUGCUUUGAUUGUCAGCUUGCUGGUACACUUGGCUUACUUCGAAUUCUUAUUUACAUGUCGUAUGCUGAUGGAAAAACUACAAUGUCUGUUUAUGAAAGGAAAGCUAGCAUCAGAGAAUUUUAUGGAAUAAUAUUUCCUUCUUUAUUGCAACUUCAAAGAGGGAUAACUGAUAUGGAAGAGAAGAAACAGAAGAAGAUUUGUUCACUUAGGUACUCAAGGAGAAAUUGGGAGAACAUAUCUGAUGUUGACUUAGAAAGAGAGAAUGAAUGUGGAAUUUGCAUGGAAUGCACUGGCAAGGUUGUCUUGCCUAAUUGCAACCAUUCUUUGUGCAUAGAGUGUUACAAUCAGUGGCGCCGUCGCUCUCAGUCCUGUCCUUUUUGCCGGAACAAUCUUAAACGAGUGAACUCAGGGGAUCUCUGGAUCUGCAUUGAUAACAGUGAAACUGUUGACUUAUCUGUAAUUAUGGAAGAGAACCUGCAGAGGCUUUUCGUGUUCAUUGAAAAGUUGCCGCUUAUUGUUCCUGAGUCUGUUUUAAAUCAAUAUGACUACCCUAUUAGUCAUAGUUCAGAGAGCUCUAUUGACAUGCUGCCUUUGCCCCGAGUGGCAUCUGGCUUCCUAUAG